ACAUGUGAAUAUAUCACCAAUUCCCAGGGAGCCACAUCUGCGUACUCUGAGGAGAGUUUAUAUCUGAAUGUCCCCACGCUGCAUUUUUAGCAUCCGAGCUAGGAGCUGAGACACUCGCAAGCUGUCACUCAUGAGAAACUGGAGGUCACACAGUAGCUUGUGGGAUUUACUGAACCCUCAAGAAUAGACUUAGAAAUGGUCCAUUCUCACAGUUUGAGCCAGGAAAAAGCAGAGCGCUUUGAAAGAAGGCUGGUCUUGCGCAUUGUUAAGUCCCCAUUGGUCCCGCAGUGGAAAAGCAGCUGGUGAGUCACCUCAGGCAGUAAGGAGGAGCUACGACUGUAGGGCUGAGCAGUGUCUUGCAUUUGAUCUGCACACAGAGAGAUUACUUCCAGACCUGGUGCUGACUCGCACAGCAGGACGUGAAGCCUGAAUGACUUGGAAAUCCCAAACAUACGCAAGGACUAAAGGAAGCAUUUAAAAACUUGAAGAAGAAUAGAACUGAAGACGCCCGAGAAACUUGUUUGGCGGGGUUUUUUUUUUCACGUGUGCGUGUGUUUGUGUGUGUGUGUGUGUGUGUGUGUGUGUGUGUGUGUGAGGUGAUUUCCUUCUCACUUUAGAAAAGGAUACUUCCAUGCAUGUAGGACAGAUUUUCUUUUUACUUGCUUGUAACUUAUAUUAGCACAAUCCUUGGCUGUUCAAAUGGAUAUCAACACCUCUCUCUACCAAAAGAUUGAAGACUGUGAAGCCACAAACAAGGCACUGUAUAAGUUCUAUGCAGCUGUCAUGAUUGUGAUUUUCAUCUUGGCUUUGCCUCUGAAUGCAUCGGUCCUCCACCUCUUUAUAUUUAAGCUGAAGUUCUGGAAAUCCAACUCCAACAACGUCUUCCUUUUCAACCUGGUGUUGGCUGACAUUCUCCUGCUCUUCUGCUUGCCCAUAAAGGCAUACAACUUCAUCAAUGGAGAGAGGAGGAGUGACAAUGGGGCAGUUUGCAAAGCUAUGCUCUUCAUGCUGUUUUUGAACCGAGGGGCCAGCAUCGCCUUCCUGACGGUGACAUCCAUCCACCGAUACUUUAACGUGGUGCACCCUGGCCGGAAGAAUCUCCUGAGAGCUCUUAAGAAAUCUCCUCAGAUCUCUAUCCUCAUCUGGCUGCUGCUGCUGCCUCUCACCAUUCCCACCAUGCUCAAGACCUUUGAAUGCUGCAACAGCCACAAAAGCGACUUGCCACACAACGACAGCAGCCAUGAAGGAGAUGACACCUUGGUGAAGGAUGUGGUGGACAGUAUGAGAGAGGUGGUCUUCUUCACUCAGAUCCUCAUCCCCUUCAUCAUCUUGGUCUACUGCACGGUGCGCAUCGUCAACCGGCUCAGGAAAAAAACAGUCGGGGACAGGACCAAGCUGAAGAGAGCGGUUUUCCUGGUGACCGCCGUCAUGGUGGUCUUCUCCUUCUGCUUCCUCCCCUGCACCAUAGCCAGGAUGGUUCUGCUGAUCGUCCGCGUCCAGGAGUUGCCUCUGAUCUACCAGGACAAAGCUGCCGUGGCCUUUGACGGCCUCAUGGUCCUCUCCUACAUGGACUGUCUGCUGGACCCGCUGGUCUACUGCUUCUGCAGCACCAAGUUCAAAGCUCUUUAUCUCUCCAACUAUUUCCCGUUCUUGGUGAAAGAUGGUCAGAUACCGGUAGACAGCUCAACAGGGGCGCACACAGCAUCGGAACAUCCUCGAAACACCAACACUAUCAUUUGAAGACGUGUGGUGUGUUUUUUUUUCUCUGUGUGGUGACGCAGGAACCCAACAGGAUACUACCUGAGAGUGACAGUUUGCCCCAAAAAUCUACUAACUUUCUGAAAGGGGACUCUGCUAUGAAGACAAGACAGUCAGUAGUUAUUUGAUCCAUUCUGAAAUAGAGAUAUACAGAGGUAGAAAAUAGGAGGGACUCUUCAGCACUGUAGAUCUACCAGGUGAGAGUGUCGUGACUCCUGAUUGUGUAGGAUAUAUUAAUGCUGGUGGAUGUUAUUCAAUGAUACAUAAAAGUUUUCUGUUUAAGAAGAAUGCCUCCCAGCUAAAUUAAGCACAUCUGUUUUUUUCUGUUUGGCUUGGACAGAAAAUUGAGAAGUUAUGACUGUGAAAAAUUCCUUUCAAGCCCAAGAAUCUUAUCUGUCAAAUUGUACCAGUCUCAAACAGCCUCCACCAUCAAACAAGCAUUAAUUAAAGCUCAGAAAAAUAUAAACACAGCACUCGAAAAUGUGUUUAAAAAUCUUGUCAAAUACAUUUUCUAUGAAGCUGUGAUGAGAAAUUCUGAACCAAGAGGCCUGAGGGGAUAAAGGUUUUCUAGAAAUCAUGAAUAGCAUUCACUAGCAUGAAUUCCUGGGUCAGGAGUAUGAAAUGUGUGGAUGGACCCGACUCCAAAAUAGAUGCAUAUGAGGCCAAAGUCAGUCCCCUAUUACAUAAGAGUUAAUCCUACAGGCCCAUACAGGAAGUUGGUUGUUAAUGUUGAUUUAAUAUUGAAUUGUGUAACUGUUUAUACUGUGUGUAUAUAUAUAGAGAGAGAUGGGUGUAUUUAAACUGUACAUAUUUUAUGUCCUGGAUAAUGUCUUGUAAAUUCAUUGAUAAUAAAAUUGCAGUAAACUGUCGCUUGUCAUGUCACUACUGAUGAUUUAAAGACCUCACUUUGACAACCACUGAUCUAAAAUGACAUGCCUCUGAAAUACAAGAUUUCCCUGAACGCAUCUUACAGUGUAAAUAAUGAAUGACUCUAACCAGACUAAAGGAUACUUGACCCAGACUGUACCUGUAUAAGUCAUCUGAAUGGUCACAUUCACCCUGAUGAUGUCAUCAAUAGUAAUAAUUAGUGAACAUACUGUAUGUCUGUUGUUUACUGUCUGGCUAAAAAAUAGACAGUGAGCUCAACAAAGCAAUCAUGGUGAUUCCGUGUUUAAUGUCAUGUGAAUCCGUGUGUUAAAGGUGCAUCAGUGUGUGUCACAGAGUAAGUCAUUGCUUUGUAAUUGGGGAAACGUGGUUUGAAAUGGUGAGACACUGCAAUGAUACAAUGAGACAUGUGUGCUGUUGAAUAUUAUGUAACUUUCUUGUCAAGUUGAAUUUAUUAAAAAAAUCUAAUUAAUGACUAGAAGUGGAGACGCCAGGGAGGAAAACCCCCACUUCAGUUAAAGGAAAAACGCAGCUGCUUCUCAUGGAGGGAAAUCAAGACAAAUAAAAAGAAGAGAAGAAGAUCCACAACUCUACAGCUUUGUAGUGAUAGAGACAAAGAUUUAAAGACCUGUAUUAAUGUGGUUGAAAACAAGACUACAGCUUACUUCUGAACUCAGAUCACAAACAUACAAACACAGAAUUGUAUAGAAGCAAUGUGAAACAACAACAUGUGAAAAUGUAAGCAGCCAUAUUUGGCUCUGCAAAUGUCACAUAUGCACAACUUACAAUGUGUAAGAAAACAUGGCAAAUAUUUACAGAGUAAAGAUGCAAACACCGUCCUUCAGUCAUAUAUAAUACAAUAUCAAUGUUAACACUCUGCACUUUAUUGCUCCGUUGUGUAGAUUUGACCUUUCACAUUGUCAUGUGUAUACGUGCUGAUGAUUGCUUUGUGACUCUGGUGAACACAAUUGAUUCUUGUUUUUAAGUCUGUGUUAAGUUUAUUUAUAAAUGUACCAGUCAGUCUUACAAGUGGGAUAUGGUCUUUUUUUGCUUUUUUAUUGUUUCAAACUAUAAAAGUGCUCUAGCACAGGGGACAAACGUCGCACUGUUGCCAGAGUUCCUUUAUUACCUUUUCUAAAUCCAUUCUUUACAGUCAUUUGGGACGUGGGUGUUUUAAAUUGGGUCAAACAUGUGUACACUUGCGAGUCCUGACAAGUCAUCCUGAGAUGAACGCAGCUGUGUUGCAGCUGUAUUAACAUUCCUAAACACUAAAUCAGGUUAUUUGUUUAGUUGCAAACUGAAAUAAGUAUUAGCAAAUACGAUUAAUGUUAUCAUAUGUUAUGAUGCCACUACUGGAAAAGGAUUUCAAAUAGUUUCAGGUUUACAUCACCUCAUAUAACCUGAUGAAUUCUGGGAAUUUUGGGCACAGCAAUAUGUGAGACAUUUACAUAAUAGGUCUUUAUAACUAUGCUUUUUGUUUUUAUAAAUUGUAUAAAUGUUUUAGAUAUCAUACCUGGAAGAUAUGAUACAAAAAUUGUUCAACAGAGUGAAGUUGUCAAAAUGAGUUGGUCACAAAUGUGUACCAGAGCAGGGAUCACUCUCAGAGACUGACACAGUAAACAUUUUAUAACUGUGUUUUACAAGUGGCAUUGUAUAAAUACUAGCCUAGUCUUUUAUGUGUUUUUAUUACUGCUGACAGGUGUGAAUUUACAAAUAUAUGUUGAUCUUUGAGCCCAUUUCUACCCUUCCUCCCUUCAGGCGAGAAAACGAUAAACUUUGAUUAAACUCGAGUGAUUUAUUGAA